AUGAGAAAAAGGGUAAUCACUCUCAUUGAUGAAAUGUUUGAAUGUGAGUCAACUUCGACUUUAAAGGCUAAUGACCUUUCCAAGAAAAUCAACAUUCUCGAGGCCUUACACUUUGUCAACGAAGCGUGGAAUAAUAUUAGUGAUGUGACUAUUCGAAAUUGUUUUCGUCACGGAGGCUUCGUAAAAACUGAGGAAGAGGAAGAAGAAGAAGAUGACCAUAGUAAAGACCUCGCUGACAAAACAUAUGAGGAUUGGAUGGAUAUAGAUCGUGAUCUCCAAACUUCUGAAGAGUAUUCUGAGGACCAAAUUUCUCAGUCUAUUAUAAAUGAUAAGGACAACGAUGAGGAGAAUGACGAAAGCGAUGAAGAAGAAGUCGACGUCGUAGUUAAACCACCAUCAAAUAAUGAGGUUCUGGAGGCUUUAGACGUGAUAAGGAGAGCUGUCCAUCACCGUGGUAAUAAUUUUAAUAUACAAUACGAAUACGAACAGUAUAUUUUCGAAAUAUUAGAAGAAAAUAAAAAACAAACUAAAAUUACAAAUUUUUUUCAAAAAUAA